AUGGAAGACGGUGAGCUUGAUUUCUCGAAUCAGGAAGUGUUUUCGAGUUCAGACAUUGGUGAGUUACCACCUAGUAACUGUUCGAUGGAUAGUUUCUUUGAUGGUCUUUUGAUGGAUUCUCAUCAAGCUGCUUGUACACACACUCACACCUGUAACCCAACGGGACCAGAGAACACUCAUACUCACACAUGUUUCCAUGUCCAUACCAAGAUUCUCCCUGAUGAGAGCGAUGAGAAAGUUUCCACUGAUGAUACAGCUGAAUCCUGCGGGAAAAAAGGCGAGAAGAGACCUUUGGGGAACCGAGAAGCGGUUAGAAAGUAUAGAGAGAAGAAGAAGGCGAAAGCUGCUUCGUUGGAGGACGAGGUUGCGAGGCUUAGGGCGGUGAAUCAGCAGCUGGUGAAGAGGUUGCAAAAUCAGGCUACCUUGGAAGCUGAGGUUUCGAGGCUUAAGUGUUUGCUUGUUGAUUUAAGAGGAAGGAUAGAUGGGGAGAUUGGAGCUUUUCCUUAUCAGAAACCUAUGGCUGCUAAUAUUCCUUCUUUCUCGCAUAUGAUGAAUCCGUGUAAUGUACAAUGCGAUGAUGAAGUUUAUUGUCUUCAAGAUGGGUUUGGUGGGAAUAGCCAAGAAGGUGCAUCGAUCAAUGACCAAGGUUUAAGUGGUUGUGAGUUUGAUCAGCUUCAAUGCAUCGCUAAUCAGAACUUAGGUGCCAAUGACAAUGGAUCAUUCAACAAUGCCAAUGCAUCUGUCUCUAAUAAGAGAAAAGGUGACACUUUUAUACCUGACUGGUCUAGUGUCUAA